AUGGCUUUGACGUCAAUACACGUCAACCAGAGAACAUGAUGCCUCUUUGCAAGUCAACUCGUGUGCUCUCUAGCUGAUAGAGGUGCCUCAAGCUGAAAUAUUAUCGCUCUAUUGUAUUGGAGAACGUGGUGUGACAGCCCCCGGGCUCAGCAAAUGGCCUGCUUCGUAUCGCCGCACUGACGGAGAGUGUCGCCACAUUGGCGUUCAAGCUGGCAGGGCGACACAGAAAUCAACUUUGUCUAUUUUUAAUGGACACGCUUCGAGCGGCGGCGGUGGAGGCGGCGGGCGGUUUGUUUUCCUUUCGUCUUUAUCUGUAGCUGCUCAAGCAAGCCUGCCUGUGUGAGCCCCCCUCGUGUGUCCCCAGCUCGUCUGGCUACCUCCUUCUCGUCCACUAACAGUCCCAUUUAGAACAGCAUGGUCAUGGCUGACAGUGUCCAAAAACCGCUGAUCCGGGGUCCGGUCCGAGUGGGCUUCUACGACAUCGAGCGCACUUUAGGAAAGGGCAAUUUCGCUGUCGUGAAGCUGGCCCGACACCGCAUAACCAAGACCGAGGUGGCCAUUAAGAUCAUCGACAAGACCCAACUGGAUGCCGUCAACCUGGAGAAGAUCUACAGAGAAGUUCAGAUCAUGAAGAUGCUGGACCACCCGCACAUCAUCAAGCUCUACCAGGUGAUGGAGACGAAGAACAUGCUUUACUUAGUCACGGAGUAUGCCAAGAAUGGGGAGAUCUUCGACUACCUGGCGAAGCACGGCCGUCUCAGUGAGCUGGAGGCCAGGAGGAAGUUCUGGCAGAUCCUGUCGGCGGUGGAAUAUUGUCACAACCGCAACAUCGUCCACAGGGACCUGAAGGCAGAGAAUCUACUGCUGGAUGGCCAUAUGAACAUCAAAAUUGCAGACUUUGGAUUCGGGAACUUCUUCCAGCCCGGGGAGCCUCUGGCCACAUGGUGCGGCAGCCCACCCUACGCUGCUCCCGAGGUCUUCGAGGGCCAACAAUAUGAGGGCCCGCAGCUGGACAUCUGGAGUAUGGGGGUGGUGCUGUAUGUGCUGGUGUGUGGCGCGUUGCCCUUCGAUGGUCCCACUUUGCCUGUGUUACGGCAGAGAGUCCUAGAAGGAAGGUUUCGCAUCCCCUACUUCAUGACUGAAGACUGUGAGCAUCUGAUCCGCAGGAUGUUGGUCCUGGACCCGUCAAAGCGUCUGUCUGUGGCCCAGAUCAAAGAGCACAAGUGGAUGGCUCUAGAUGUUCCAGUGCAGCGGCCUGUUCUGUACCAACAGCCAGUGUCUACCGAGGGCGAGGCCGGCGUGGGGGAGUACAGCGAGCAGGUCCUUCGCCUGAUGCACAGCCUUGGCAUUGACCAGCACAAGACUAUAGAGUCUUUGCAGAACAAAAGCUACAACCACUUUGCUGCUAUCUACUACCUGCUGGUGGAGCGGCUCAAGGCCCAUCGCUGCAGCUUCCCCGUCGAACAGAGGCUCGAUGCCCGCCAGCGACGGCCCAGCACCAUCGCCGAACAGACCGUUGUCAAGUCGACCAGUGGUUCAGCCCAGGUGGGUUUGCUCCCGCAGGGUGUUCGUCUGUUGCGCUCCCCCGCUGUACCCCAAGCCUCCUCCGAUGCGUUCACCUUCCCCCAGACUGCAUGUCCGCUGGAGCAGACUUUCAUGGUGGAGGACGUCAACACGCCCAAAGUGAAUGGCUGCCUACUGGACCCCCUGCCUCCCCCCACUGUCCUCCGCAAGUCCUCCACCUCGUCGCCUAGCAACAUGAUGGAGACAUCGAUCGAUGAGGGCAUCGAGACCGAGGAGCCCGACACAGAUGAUGAUCCACCCCACCUGCUCUCGGCCUAUCAGACGGCUCGUUUCGGCCAACGACGACACACCCUCUCCGAGGUCACCAACCAGCCAGGGACUUCAAACCAAGGUAAAUUAUUUGCUCUAGGCCACAACCCCUCCAUGGGUAGCAUGGACUCUGACAUGGGCUACGACAUGGGCUCCGUGCACAGCGACCUCGGUCUACUGGAGGACGCCCCAUCUCUCAGUGAAGUGGUACCGACCAACAGCUCUGCCCCUGGCGUCACCCCCACGCCUUUCUUGAGCGCUCGGCCUGCCAACCCAGCAAUGGCCGCCCUGACCUCUCAGCACAGGGAGACGCACAACCGCUCCCCCAUCAGCUUCAGAGAAGGACGCCGGGCCUCUGACACCUCGCUCACCCAAGGUCUGGUUGCGUUCCGGCAGCACCUCCAGAACUUGGCGAGGACCAAAGGCAUCCUGGAGCUGAAUAAAGUCCAGAUGUUGGUGGAGCAGAUGGGCUCUGGGGAAGGGGCUGCCAUGGGCCCCCUGGGACCACAGCACCACUUGCACAACCUCCUGGAGGGUGAGGCAUCCAAGCAGCAGGAGGGCCUAGCUUUAUACCAAGGUGGGCCGCAGCCACCUCUCCUGUCCCGCAGGCAGAGUUUGGAGACACAAUACCUCACUCAUAGGCUACAGGCUGGUGUCUUGGCUAACAGUCCUGCUAGCUGCCAACUUUUCUGUAAGGAGACUCCUCGAAGUUUAGAGCAACAGCUGCAGGAACACAGGCUGCACCAGAAGAGGAUGUACCUGCAGCAGUCACAGGGCAUGGGGCUGCAGGUCUACUUCAACCAGAUGCAGAUAGCUGAAGGAUCCUACCCGACAGGGGGCCCUGCUCUGGACCCGUCGGCGUCACAAAACCCUCAGGGUCCCCCCAUGUCAGCCGCCCACCAGCCUCAGCAGCAGGGCAGUCCCCAGGCCUCGCCACCCUUCAGCCACCCCCAUAGCCUGAGCCCCCUGAUGGAACCAGGGGAGGGGCUCGUUUAUGAUCCCUACAUGAGCCACCACCACUACACCCAACACCUGUCCCCUGGAUCCCACCUCCACCACCACCUCCACCAUGAGGCCUCCCCCAGCGGCCUGGGCUACAGCUACCCCGCAGGCUGUGAGCAGCAGGUCCUGGGCCCUUCCGCUGAGGCCCUUCACCCAGACCAGUAUGAGUUCCCGCUGGACCCCGGCCUGCUGCCCCCACCUGCUCCAGGAGAGGCUGAUGCUGGAGCUGUGGCCGGGGGUUUGGUUUGUCCAGGGCCAUCAGAGGGCCUGGGUCUGCCUGAGCUCCAGAGCUCCCUCCUGGACAGUGAGAUGAUGGAGACGGUGGACUCCCAGCAUGGAUUUGUACUGGUCAACUGAAGGGUGCCAGCUGUGGGGGUUGACAGAAAGCAGUAUUAAGCAAUGAGAGCCUACACAGCAUUAAGAGCAGAGAGAGUGGAGAUAUAAGUGGAGGCCACAAGCGUAGCAACAGGGAAGGGAAAGUGUUAAUUUUUGUACGACUAAUACAAACUCCAUUUCUUAGUUGUGAUGAACCUCAGAAAACCUUUCUACCAAAAUCCUCCCUUAGACUACCUCCCUUUCUCCCUCUCCUCCUCUGUUCUUGUUCUCAUCAGCUCUACGAGACAGGAACAGGUCCGCUAUGUGGCACAAGUUGAGCUUCGCCAGGCUAACUAGGCGAAGCUGCUGUUGUCAUGGACGUUGUGUCACCUGUGAGAUGAUGAGCUCUUCAGGACUGCGCCGUGCAGCCCGGGGGGAGGGGGAUGCUGCACAUCCUUGAGGCUGCCAGAGUGCAGCAUUUCACCUAGAAAUGGUUUGGAAGUGAACUAAUUUAGGACUGACUGACUGGCAACCAAAAGCACAAUGGCUGGCAGUGCUUUUUGUAUUUAAAAUAGGACACCUUCAACAACAAUAGACUGGUUCUCAAAACACUUUUGUGCAUUUUUUUUUUCUGUUUCAGUAGAUGAAAAACAACUGAACAAGAGAAAAUAGCCCUCAUUUAUCAUGGUACCAUGGAUAUCACCGCACAUUCAAGUGUUAAAAGUGUUAGCAAGAAACUGAUCUUUUCCAGUUUAUAGAAAUGAUUUUACACACUACUGUGAGCGCACAGGCUAACAUGAUGGUCGUAUUUAUCGGUGCAUAGGUUUCAACACUAACAUACACAGUAUUUGACAGUACCCUCCACAAAAGAGUAACUUACUUAAACAGAUAGUCAAACAUGCUGAAGAUGGUGAGUAAUGCACCAUUUGUGGAGCUUGUGCAACAUUUGUGCUUUUAACAGUGAUAAACUCUCUAAGAUCAUUUAGUUAAUUAACUAGAUAAUAUAACACAGCUAUAUAGCAGCAGGCUUUGGUGUUGGCUAUGUGACGUAAAUAAUACAGUUUCUUCUGUUUGUUUUCAGUGUUUUUUGUAACUUGUAACUACUGAUCCUGAUUUAUUUCUUACACUACUGAAAUGCUUUUCCACCUUUCCAUCUGAUUGCACACACUUGCUAGGUGUCAUUAUACUCGUGCAGCCAAUAAGAUGAGGAUGAUUACCAGCUCUCGCAGGUGAAAAUGGCCACACGUCUAUUUAACAGUUGAAUUGUGGGUCAUGCAUUUGCCAGAUAAAUGAGGGCUGAUGUAAUUAACGUGUGUUUGGUUGAGAAGUUGCCGUGUUAGACAGUCGAUAUUAUUCUAUUUUUGUGGCAAUACUGAAGCAAUAUUAAUCCUUAAUGUUGGGGGAUUAUGAAUGGAAGCCUCACCUGUACAGCCAACUCUGAUUGGUUCCCGGGACCUCUGAGUCGUCAGCAGUGACAUCACUGGAGUUGAUGAUGUAACCAGGAGAUAAUCUCUCACUCGCCCCGCUAGUGAAGGGACAAGCCUGGAGACAGUUGUAUGUGUGUGUGUGUGUGUGUGUAUAUAUGUAUGUGUGUAUGUUUGUGAGUGUGUUUGAGUGUGAUUAUGUUUGUUUGCACAAUUCAACUUUUCAAAUUGUCUGCAUCCAUCACAUUAUUAGUGCAUCAUAUCCAUCUUUACUGAAAAAGACAAAACACUGUAUUGACUCUAGUCUCCAUUCAAAAUAACUCAACCUGUGCACACUUGUAGCUUUUAGGUGACUGCUUAGUUCUGGUUUACAUCCUCAAUGCUCCAGUCAUGCCUCUGUGUUGUUUUAAUGAUGAAUUCUGUUUAUAAUAAUGGAAUGACCCCUUAAAAAUUCCCUGCAUAAGAUUUCAUGAAAGAAUGUUUCCUCUCUGAUGUUGGGGCUGCUGUGAGACAAAGACCAGCAGAACAUCAGUCACCUGACACUGGAUUUCAACUAUUUACCACCGCUCUUUGACUGACAGCAAGCCAGCAACAAGAUGAGAGAUUUUUUUUUUGUUGUUGUUGUUGUUUUACAACACUUAAAGGUACGGUGUGUGGAAUUUAGUGGCAUCUAGCAGAACGGACAUGGCAGAAAUGGAAUAUAAUAUUCAUAAGUAUCUUUUAAUUAGUGUA